UGGAGUACGUUUUUCCAUCUGAAAGCAAGAAAAAAUCCGUAUUUAUUGAUAAUUGUGGAGGUUGUGGUUUAGAAGAGAGAAUGGCCAAAGACAUAGCAAAAGUUAUAGACUUUCCAAAAUUAUUAUCAACUGCAAAACAACAUCUGAUCUUCCACGAGUACAGAACUGUCAUUUCAGCAUGUGUUUAUGGGCUCGAACUUCUGCGAAGUACAGAAAAUUUAGAAGAUAAUGAUGAAAGUUCUGAUGGGAAUAGACACAAAAUAGCGCUUGGAGUCCUUGCGAUACAAGCUGUAGCUUUAGAUGAGGGAAUAGAUCAUGUUGAAGCCUUUGUAGAGCGGUGGUUUGGUGAAAUACGAGCGUUCCCUGCAGAAAUAUUACAAUUAUGUGUCUGUCUUUACCUUCAUAUAAAUAAUUCCCAUUCUGCACAGAAAAUGAUUGAAGAAUGGCUUGAAGAUAGAAAGAAUCAAAACCAUCAAGGAUUUGACCUAGUUGUAGAACUUUACAUUCAGAAUAUUUUAAUACCAAAGAAUCAGGCUGAAAAAGCUCAAAAUUUCCUUAAUGCAUGUGAAAGUAUUAGUGAAAAGAAAAAGGAGAGACUACUAUUGUACGUUAAAAGAAGCCAAGAGGUGCCAAGUACUUGUACAUCUCACUCAAGCAUAUCACCUUUAUCAAGUAGUGAAAACAAUAUCCAAGAACACCAAGGAACAGGUACUUCAUUCUCUUUGCUACUCAAAGUAAUUAGACUUUGUUCCACAACUUCACAAGUUCUCAAGAGAGUGUCUUUAAAAUCUACAUUGAAAACAGGAGCAAGAGUUGUAAUCCUGAUGUACUUCCUUUAUGUCGUAUUAACAAGAACAAAUAUGCCUGGUGACAUCUUUAGCCAUGGGUCUGGUGAAAACCUUAUCUGGAAUGCAGUAAAGCAAGCAUGGAGAGCUCUUUUUGCACCAUACCAUAUGAUUCCUCAAUAGGUCCGGGUCAGGCUUCCACAAGUUUAUAUUUAGAACUUUUCCACUUCAUGGCUAGCCUGCAUAGCUGGUAAUCUUCCCUUUUAAGGGUGAUGCRAAUUGAGAGAGAAUUGUAACAGCUUGUAAACCACAGCAAGCCAUUUAAAAGUGGAUCACCUUUAUCUUUUGACAAUAAACAUACUUUCAUGAAGGCCUUUUUUAAUCAAAAAUAACAAAAACUAUGUUCUUCUUCAUUAUCAGAGUUCCCUCUGACCUGUAUGCAUUACCAUUGAAAACAAUUAUUAUAAGGUCAUUGUAAUGAAGGCAAAAGACCACCUGCACCUACAGUAUGUUGGGAUAGGGAUAUUUUCCCAAAAGACAGAAGCAAGUCUUUUCCCUUCUUGACACAGUAAAAAAGACAAAACGAUUUUGCCAAUGUUCAUUUUAUUCUCAGUACAUUCUUUCUCUCAUUUUACAAGGUCUAAGAAGUUGUAAAAUACCAGUUAUAAAACAGGUGUUGAAAAUAAAGAUAGUCCAAUAGACUGCACUGGGACAGUGAUGUGGACAUAUAACCUCUA